UGCUGUUUCUAAACCUGACAUCCUGUCCCGGAUAGAGCGAGGGGAGGAGCCGUAUAUCGGGGAUCUGCAGGACACUGAAGAAAGGAAAAUCUCUAUUGAGCCGUGCGUCAACUCUCCCGUUGCUGCACCUGGCCAGUGGUGCCAGACCGAACAAGGCGCAGAGCCGUGUGUUGGGGAACAGGGCAAUGCGAAGGAAAGAGGUGUCCCUGCAGACCCCAGCACAGGGUGCCAAGCUUCUGCACGCUACGCUUCCUGCGGGAGGGACGUCGAGGAAGAGCCAAGUGUGCAGGAUAUGCAGGUCUCGGAGGAAAGGCAAAUCCAUACAGAGCUCUGCGCAGGCUCCUGGUGUUCCCGAACAAACUCCUGUGAAUGAAGCCCAUCACCACACUACAGAGAUCUCCUUGUGGACAGUAGUGGCUGCCAUCCAAGCUGUGGAGAGGAAGGUGAAUUCCCAUGCCUCACGAUUACUGAAUCUGGAGAGGAGAACAGGGACAACUGAGAAGAAGUUAACAGACUGUGAGAAGACAGCGAUGGAAUUUGGUAACCAGCUGGAGAGUAAAUGGACUAUUUUGGGAACUCUGGUCCAGGAGAAUAAUUUCCUGCAGAGGAGGCUGGAGAAUCUGGAGAACCUGCUGAGAAACAGGAACUUCUGGAUCUUAAGACUGCCCCCAGGCACUAAGGGAGAAGUCCCCAAGGUGCCGGUGACAUUUGAUGACAUCUCAGUCUAUUUUAAUGAGCAGGAGUGGGAGAACUUAGAGGAAUGGCAGAAAGAGCUUUACAAGAAUGUUAUGAAGGGGAACUAUGAGACCCUGAUCUCUCUGGACUACGCUGUUUCUAAGCCAGACAUUCUGUCCCGCAUUGAACGAGGGGAGGAGCCAUGUGUCAGGGAUCGGUGGGAAUCCCUGGAAGGAUUACAGGAAAGAAUCCAGAAGAAGGAAGGGUUGGUGGAAAGAGAAAUCCCUGUGGACCCCAGUGCCGGCCAUGCCAUUUCCAACCCUGACAUCCUGCCCCGGGCUGAAGGAGGGGAGGAGCCGUGUAUCAGAGGCCAGAGGGGUUCGGCGGACAGAGAAAUUCCCGUGGAGCCCAGCACAGUUUCCACAUCUGACACUUCAACCUGGAUCAAACAAGAGGAAGAGCUGGGUGCUGGGGACCAUCAGGAAUUGGGGGAAGGAAGAAUUCUCUCAGGCUCCAGCAUAGCAAAUGAUGGGACAGCGAGCAAAGAGAAGGAGAAGUCCUGGAAGGGAUGUCUGGAGAAGCUGGAGCCGCAGGGGAUGUCAUCAGUGAAAUCAGAAGAGGAGGGUUUGCAGAGCCUACAGCAGGGAGUGGCUGCACAGCUGGCUAACCCUGCAGUCAGCAGAGUGGAGAAAUCCACCCAGUGCGACCGAGACUUCGGCCUGCUCAAGGGCUUUGUGGUGCAGCCGGGGGAGAAGCCCUUUGCCUGCGGUGAAUGCGGGAAGAGCUUCCGGCUGAAGGGGAAUUUGGUCAAGCACCUGCGGAGCCAUGCCAAGGUGCGGCCCUACCAGUGCACCGAGUGCGAGAAGAGCUUCAACUGCCAGUCAGAGCUGCUGCGCCACCAGAUGAUUCACCGCGGGGAGAAGCCCUACAAGUGCAGCGAGUGCGAGAAGAGCUACAGCCGCAAGGUGUAUCUGCUCAACCACCAGCGCGUGCACACGGGGGAGCGGCCCUUCCAGUGCGCGGUGUGCGAGAAAAGCUUCCGGCAGAAGGCCGUGCUCAUCUCCCACCAACGCCUGCACACGGGCGAGCGCCCGUACAAGUGCAGCCAGUGCGAGAAGAGCUUCACUCAGCAGUCCAAGCUGACCAACCACUACCGCGUCCACACCGGCGAGCGCCCGUACAAGUGCAGCCAGUGCGAGGACAGCUUCAGCGAGAAGUCCAAGCUCAACAACCACCAGCGCGUCCACACGGGGGAGCGGCCCUACAAAUGCACCAAGUGUGACAAGAGCUACAGCCGCAAGGAGUACCUGCUCAACCACCAGCGCGUCCACACCGGCGAGCGGCCCUUCCCGUGCGCUGAGUGCAGCAAGAGCUUCACGCUCAAGAGGAGCUUCAUGAAGCACCAAAGAAACCACAUGGGAGAGAGACCGCACCAGGGCGGCCCAGCUGCUAAAAGCCAUGGCGGGUCUGUCGGCCAUCAGGGUAACACGUCGGGCGAAGGGCUGAAGCGCCGCACUGAGGGCGGGAAAAGCUUCACGGGGAAGCCUGAGCUAGAGACACACCAGCAGGGCCAUGUCGGGGAGCAGCCACAUCAGUGUGGCACGGGUGGGAAAAGCUUCCGAUACGAGGACUCUCUGAAAGAACAUCAGAGCCUCCACAGCGCAGAGCAAGGGCAUCCGGAGGUUUCUCAGAGCCCCGGACAGGGAGCAGAGGCUGGACUCCUGGUUGUAAAGAUGGAAGAUUCGUGCUACCUUCUCAAGAUGAUCAUGGAAGGACAGGCUGCCCGAGGACACGGGGAUGGGCGGGUCCCCCAGGGACGGAGCCUGUUCUCUCGCCCGGUGAGGGCGGGGAAAGGGAGGCGAUUCCCGCCGCCAGGGGCCGCUGCGGCCGUGGCGAGGCGGCGCCGGGACUCUGCCCAGCCCGCAGCGGGAGCGGGGCUCGGCCGGGCCGGGCCCGCGGGAGCAGCCCCGCCCGGGGGCGCCAUGGCCGAGCGGGCCGCUGCCCAGGCUCCGGCCGCCUCCUGCCCCGGGCGGCCCCUGCCCGCUGCCGGAGGGACCCCCCGGAGAGAGGGGCAGCUGCAAAGGGCAGAGAUGUCCCUCGCUGUCCUGGCUGCCCUCCAAGCCGCGGAGAGGAAGGUGGACUCUCAGGCCGCACGGUUACUGAGUCUGGAGGGGAGAACGGGGAUGUCCGAGAAGAAACUAAUAGGUUGUGAGAAGACGGUGGCGGAGUUUGGGAACCAGCUGGAGAGUAAGUGGGCCGUGCUGGGAACUCUGAUCCAGGAGUAUGGGCUGCUGCAGAGGAGGCUGGAGAACAUGGAGAACCUGCUGAAGAACAGGAACUUCUGGAUCCUGAGGCUCCCCCCAGGCGCUAAGGGAGAAGUCCCCAAGGUCCCGGUUAUGUUUGAAGACAUCUCAGUCCACUUCUCCAGGGAGGAGUGGGAGAAUUUAGAAGAAUGGCAGAAGGAGCUUUACAAGAACUUGAUGAAAGACAGCUAUGACUCUUUGAUCUGCUUGGACUGUACCAUCUCCAAACCUGACAUCCUAUCACCGACUGAUCAGGAGGAAGAACCAGGUGUCAGGGUGCAGGGAGCUCUGGAGGAGAGAGGAACCCCUGCAGAUCCCAGCACUGACUCUCCAGUUCUGACACCUGACAUUUUAUCUCAGGUUAAACUAGAGGAGGGGUCGUGCAGCAGAGAUCAGCAACAAUUGGAAGACCAAGAAAUCCCUGCAGAUCCCAACAUGUCAGGUGAUGGGCUUGUGAUCAAAAUGGAGGAGGGGACUGUCAGGGAAGGCCACGACAGCCCAGAGCCACAUGGGGUGCAACUGGGGACAUCCAGAGAGAGCGAGGUGCAGACUCCUGAGCGGGGAGCACCCUGUGAGAGUCUGCCUGGCCCGGUGAUGCAGCUGAGGAACGACCUGGGGCAGCCCAAGGAAUGCAGGGGCGGCUGGAAUGAAAUCGCUGAGCCCCAGGGCACUGCUGUCCCCCAACUCAGCCCGCCCACAGAGAGGCCCUUUCAUUGCCUGCAGUGUGGCAAGAGCUUCACCCGGAAAGACACCCUGCUGUCCCACCAGCGCACCCACACCGGGGAGCGGCCCUACGCCUGCGCCCAGUGCGGCAAGACCUUUGCACAGCAGUCCAAGCUCCGCAGCCACCGCCGCACCCACACGGGCGAGCGCCCCUGCGCCCAGUGCGCCAAGAGCUUUGGCCGCAAGGAGCACUACACCCAGCACCAGAGGACCCACACGGAGGAGCGGCCCUUCAUCUGCAGCCAGUGCGGGAAGAGCUUCCGCAGGUACUUCAACCUGACGGUGCACCAGUGCACCCACACCGGGGAGCGCCCCUACCCGUGCGGCCAGUGCAACAAGAGCUUCAUCCACCGGUCGCGGCUCAACUACCACUCCCGCAUCCACUCGGGGGAGCGGCCCUGCGCCCAGUGUGCCAAGCGCUUCGCCGAGCCCUCCAAGCUGGCUGUGCAUUACCGAGUUCACACCGGCGAGCAGCCCUACUCCUGCCUCCAGUGCGGCAAGAGCUUCGGCCUGAAGAAAAGCCUCGCCGUCCACCAGCGGAGCCGCGCCCAGGAGCGGCCCUCCCAGUGCUCCCAGUGCGGUAUCCACUUCAUCUGCCAGUCCUACCUGGUCCGGCACCAGCUGGUCCACACCGGGGAGCGGCCCUACAAAUGCACCCAGUGCGGCAAAAGCUACAGCCGCAAGGAGCACCUCCAGAACCACGGGCGUAUCCACACUGGGGAGCGGCCCUUCCAGUGCUCUGCUUGCAGGAAGAGUUUCAUCCAGAAACAUCACCUCCUGAAGCACCAGCGCAUCCACACUGGGGAGCGCCCCUACCAGUGCGGGGAGUGCGGGAGGAGCUUCCGCUGCAAGGAGUCCCUGAAGGAUCACGCCAGGGUUCAUGGCACCGAGCUGGGUCACCCGCAGGCUGCGCCCAGCUCCAGGCAGGUAUUGAAGAUGGGCACUGUAGGGUGAGAAUAAACCCUGGUGCUGAUGGCAGCCCGGUGAAUAGACAUUGAGAACAGCAACACGGUAACGCAACAGGAAAUGAGCAAGCCCCAAGCACCUGUCUGUCGCUACGCCCCAGGGGAAAUUGCACAGCCCACGAGAACCUGUGUGCGCUCCCGCCUGUCACAGCCAUGUGGCCUGACGAAGCUGCGUGGGUGUGAGGGAGCACGGCCGCGUCUCUAAACCAAAAAGCAAGAGCAAUCUUACCCGCAGGCUGUUUGUGCAGGGCAAGUAUCGGCCAAGGGAAUGUGGGCUGCCAGUCUGCUUUUUUGAUACAAGAAAACAACUCCUGUUGCUUUAUGUUUAUAGUUGCACCCCCAGUAUCUGAGGUUAGAAUUGGGGGCCAUAGCAUGAAAGCCACAUCCCUAAAGAUAACCAUGCAGUGGUGUGAGGGAAACAGCUGUGGGGCAUGAGGAAGACACGCUGAAGGGAAGAGAAAUUGAGGCACUGACAGAAUGAGUGGGGCCAAAUGAAUGAGUAAAUGGCAGUGUAAGUUGUAUGUUCGAGGCCUGGUGAUCCCAUGAGUUGCUUGUGAGAAAUAAGAAGAUGCCAGCAGUCAAAAGUGGUUAGCAAAUGGGUGUAACUGGCAAAAUGAUGUAAUUUGCAAGUAAUUUUGGGGUUUCUCCUGCAAUACAGCCUGAGUGCAGAUCUUGGCAGGUAAAAGCCCCAUCCCUACAAACUCCGGGAUUCUGCUGUUCCUACUAAUGUGACUGCUGGAAAACACGCUCCCUGCUCCGGGGCCAGCAGUUCUGGUCAUCUCUUUGUAAAAACAGUAUCUUCCUUUAUCUCUGGUUUAAAAAGUGGUGUGUUGUUACCAUAUGGUUUAACGUGCACGGUAUGUGUGUGAUCUAGAAUGAUAACGUUACGUGUAUGUAUGUGUUUAAAAAAUAGUUUUCUAAUAAUGUUCUUUCACCUUAAUAAAAAUUAUUUUGGGCAAAGCA